CGUCCAAACCGCCGGAAACUAAAGAAGAAGAAGAAGAAGACUUCUGGAUCCGGUGGGGUUACGUGACGCGCAUUGUUGUCUGUUUGUGUCUGCGUAAGAUACAGGUUAACUACAUCACCCAGCUUAACGACACCAGGUUAACCACGUCAGCCAGGAUAACCCCACCAGCCAGGUGAACCCCAUUGAGUCGGGGGGUUCUGUUUUCGAGGAUUCUGAUAUCGAGUCUCUUGUGAGAGAAUUAGCAAUGGAAGGAGAAUUAGCAUGGAGCUAGCCCUCUGUUGUCCUCGUUAAGACCACCUCACUGGUAUCUCUCUGGUCUGUUUCUCUCUCUCCGGUCUGUCUCUCGCUCUCUCUCCCGUCUCUCUCCGGUCUGUCUCCCCCGUCUCUCUCCGGUCUGUCUCUCUCUCUCUCUCCCGUCUCUCUCCGGUCUGUCUCCCCCGUCUCUCUCUCUCUCUUGUCUGUCUCUGUAUCUCUCUCCGGUCCCUCUCUCUGGUAUCCUUCUCCGGUCUGUCUCUUUCUCCAGUCUGUCUCGCUCCCCCCUCUCUCUCUCUGGUAUCUCUCUGGUCUGUUUCUCUCUCUCUCCGGUCUGUCUCCCCCGUCUCUCUCUCUCUCUUGUCUGUCUCUGUAUCUCUCUCCGGUCCCUCUCUCUGGUAUCCUUCUCCGGUCUGUCUCUUUCUCCAGUCUGUCUCGCUCCCCCCUCUCUCUCUCUGGUAUCUCUCUGGUCUGUUUCUCUCUCUCUCCCGUCUCUCUCCGGUCUGUCUCCCCCGUCUCUCUCUCUCUCUUGUCUGUCUCUGUAUCUCUCUCCGGUCCCUCUCUCUGGUAUCCUUCUCCAGUCUGUCUCGCUCCCCCCUCUCUCUCUCUGGUAUCUCUCCCGUCUCCCCAGUUUGGCAAUACGGAAAAUGACUUCAGCCUCAACAAAAGUGGGGGAGAUCUUCUCAGCUGCCGGCGCUGCCUUCACCAAGCUAGGGGAGCUCACCAUGCAGCUGCACCCGGUCGCAGACGCCAGUCCUGCAAGCGCUCCGGUCAAAACCACGGUGAAGAGGAAGGCUCACGGAGACGGGCCGGUGUUCAGCGACGGCAGCAGGAAGGCUGUGAAGAAGGCCAGCCCCGGGGGGCCCCCCCAGACCGGUCUGUCGGCGCUCCGGGACCCCCCCUCCGCCCAGCCCAGCGUGAAGAAACAGAAGACGGCCGACGUCACCCUCAGUGCGCUGAACGACUCGGACGUGACCAGUGACCUGGUGGACCUGGAGGGGCCCGGACAGGGCCCCGGCCCCAAGAAACUCAACAACUUUGAUCAAGAUAAUCUGAACUUGGACUCCAGCCUCAUCAUGAGCUCCACUCACCUCCCGUUGCUGUCCCGCUGACCCCCAGGGGCCAAGGAGGGGCCGACCGGGCCCUGUGGGCCCUCUCCUAUAGACCGGGCCCUCUCCUAUAGACUGGGGGAGGUGGCCCUGUCCUAUACACCAGCCCUGUGUCUCUGUGGACCUGCAGACUGCCUCCUUGUCUCUCCUCUUCGUAUGGCAGCUCUGUGACUGUGGAACCAUGUGAAGUGCUGCACUUGUUCCUACUGAGAACUUUGUUGCUUUCAGUUUCAAUAGAGAACUUGUCUAACGUCAAGAUCAAGGGAGGCCUGAAUUAAUCACAAUAGAUUUCAAUAUGUUUAUUAAGUCAAUUAUAGAUUUUUCCUUUGAAAUUGCAAUGAAACUAAUGCAUAAUUGAAAAAUAAAAAUGAAAUAUUUGGCCUAAGAAAUGUCAGGAAUUGUGCAAAAGGAAAAACGUCUCUCUCUCUCUCGCUCUCAGUCUCGCUCGCCAGGGUGUUGUUCUCCGGGGCUCCAGCUGGAUACUAUUGGGUCUGUGCGCAAACUAGGCAGCGAUCAGAGUUUCCUUUCUGCCGGCGUUCGGGAAUGUUUUUAAUUUAUAGCUUUAUUAUAUGAAUAAAAUCAAUACUUUAAAAACAGCGGCGUUGCUGUUGUAUUUUCGUCUUUAAUGUGUAGUUAUAUGUUUUUAGAGUUCAACCGAAGUUCACCUCGUAUGUAAUCUGGCCAAAAAAUAUAUACUGCCAGCAGUUCUCGUUUUGUCCAUCAGAGGGCAGGCGUUGACUGACUGUGAAACAAAGCGUAUGGGAAUGUCUUAAGUUGUAACAUUAUUCCAUUAACGAAGUCAAAAUCUUAACUUGCUGUUUGGUUCAUUUGAUUGCAUAAAUAGUAUUUCAUGGAACACCAAUCUCGAAACGUAUGCUAUGACAACGACCUACCUAUGGGGACGAUAUAUCCGGGGCUAGAAUUCCUCAUCCGUCGGCGUGUAAUUGUUUACAGUCCGACGAGCAACUUCAAACGCAAGUAUUGAGUU